ACCGUUGCUAUGGAUACUGUUACUUCUAAGUCGCCCAGAUCAGAGGGGGGCGCAGUGUGUGCAAAGAACUAACUAGCUGCUGUUGAAAAGUGUAUGCUCUGGAUUUGGGGUGAUCGACAGCUAGUGAUUCUGCAGUUGUUUGCAUUGUCAGAAGAAGAAGGGAGUAAGAGAUGUCAGAAGAAGGAGGAGGAGAGGGGGAGGGUGGGGAACCAAGACUGAAGUUUUUGGAAGAAUACAGCCUCAAAACUCUGAAGCAGAAAGGAGACAAGUGGACCAAGAUGGUGAGCCAGGAGGAGAACCUGGUGAUGCUGAAUGAGUUUCUGGAGAAGGCAGACAACAGGUUUCUGGUCAUCGCACUCACGCCUCAGUCUCAGUUCUACCCAUCCACCUCUUUUCCUGCCUCUUCCAAGACUAAGGCAAGGACAUAGUAGGCAGUCCCCCACAUUAUGACAUGCAUCUUCCAACUUGCUUCAGGCUGUGUAUUUUGUGAAGCUGAGGGCCGAGGUAGUAAAGAAAGAGACGGUUAAGUCGCUGAUAGCGUUUGGAGAUGUGUCACACCUUCCUCUUGACCAGCUGAAUGCCAUUGUGGAAUCGUUGGUGUUUCCCGUCGUCGCGAACCAAGGGAACCAAGGUCGGUGGCCAGAGGUGGUCUCCAAAGACGUCAUCAAGAACAUCGGCCGACUCAGUGGCGACGUAUUCAUGUUCUCCGGACAAGUCAAAGGUCAAACCUUGCUCCCUCUCCCUCCAGAAACAGAAAGUGUAGUCCGAGCUGCAGACCAAGAAGCAAGAGGAGAGAGUUUUGAGCGAGGUAUCAUACACGCGGUGGAGUCGGUGGUGGUGGAGUGGUCCCACCAGGUUCGCGACGUCCUCAACCACUCGUCUGCAGAACCACUACUGCGAGGGACCCAUCCUGGACCUCUCGUUGAGCUGGACUUUUGGAAGGCUCGUCGUGCAGACCUUGAAUCAGUGGUGGACCAGCUGUGCACCGAGAAGGUGGUGAAAAUGAGCCGACUCCUGGAAAAGUCUAUGAGCAGCUACUACCCUGCAUACCGAGCCAUGACAGACAGCAUCCACAACGCUCUGAAUGAGGCCAGGGACAUCAACAUGCAUCUGAAACCACUACGUCCUCUAGUGGAGGAGAUGGAAGAAUUGGAGUAUGGGGAGCUGGAACUGAAAUUCCCGCCUCUGUUCCAUAUCGUGAGCCUCAUCUGGAGACAUUCACGACACUACCAACAGCCAGCCCGACUGGUUGUUAUCCUGCAAGAGAUCUCAAACCUCGUCAUAGAACUGGUACCGAGUUUCCUCGCCAAUCAAACUAACCCUCUCAAUGAUUGCCUCUACAGACACGCAACUACAUAACAGACGAGAUCCUGAGAAUGGAGCCAGAUGAGGGGCUGGAGAAGCUUAGGCUGGCGUUUCACAUCUGUGGCAAGUAUCGGGAGAACUACGAGGACAGGAAAGCCCAUCUGGCCGACUACUUCAAGGACCAGCCAGUGGUCGAGUGGGACUUUGAGUCAAGUCUUGUGUUUGCUCGUGUGGACCGACUCACCGGCCAACUGAGACUCAUAAAAGAGUACUUUCAAAUGGUGAACCAGUUCCUGAGGCUGGAGAAGAUUGAGUUCAGUGGAAUUAAGGGGCAGAUGCUGAGCGACCUGGUGGCCGAGAUGUUCACUGAAUUCACUGAUAAGUCCAGCCAGUUCCAGGGAGUGGCUAAAGAGCCUUUGAACAUUGCAGACACUGUGUUCAUAGGUCAGUAUGAGACCUUUAAGAGAGAAAUGGAAGAUAUGGAGCAGAGGCUGGGACAGAUUGUGUGUCUGGCAUUUGAUGACUGCAGUGGUAGCGAAUCAGUUCUGAAGCUGCUGGAGAUGAUGGGUCUACUGAUCGAGAGGCCCCUCGUACACAGAGACUUUCAGGCCAAGUACCCUCUCCUGCUCUCCAUGUACAGCAAGGAGCUGGACGAGAGCAAAGUCAUCUUCAACCAGCAAGUUACCCGUGGGAGAUCCCAGCAGGGCCCAUCCAUCAAUAAGAACAUGCCUCCUGUGGCGGGUCAGCUGCGCUGGGCACAGGAGCUGAGGGAGAGAAUUGGAGGAGGAAUGGAGAAACUACGAGCCAUCAACCAUGGGACUAUGGAGACUGCAGAAGCAAUGCUGGUGUUCAGCAAGUAUGACGAGAUGGUAGAGCUGAUUAAGACAUUUGAAAACGACGUGUACAACGAAUGGACCCAGGGAGUGGAUGAAGUUGCAACGGCCAACCUGGAGAAACCACUGCUGCUGAGAGACACGAAAUCGUCCCUGAUAUCAGUCAACUUUGACCCCAAUCUGGUGGCUCUCCUCAGAGAGGUGAAGUACCUAGAGCAGCGGGAGGGUACCGACCACAAGACACCAGAGAGUGCUGCCGCCAUUUUCUCCCAGAACGAGAUGUACAGAAAGUUCCUUCAGAACCUGGACGUGACAGUGGCACUGUACAACCAAGUGCGAGAGACGAUUCUGGACGUGGAGUACCCUCUGAUCCAGACCCAACUGGCCCAGAUUGACACACAGCUCGAGAAGGCAAUUUCCCAGCUCAACUGGACCAGCAAUGGGGCAUGGGAGUAUAUUGAGGCAACGAGGGACAUAGUGUGUGAUCUGGAGAGAAGGGUUCGACUGGCCAAGGGCAACGUGGAGAGCAUGGUGAGCGUAAUGGGAGGAUGGUGCCAGACCCCUCUGUACCGCAGACGAGAGGACAAGAAAGAGCAAAGUUUGCUCAACCUAGAAGAUCGCGAGACCCAGAUUCAGCAGCGCUACGAUCAAGUCAAGAAGGAUGGAGAGAAGAUCCAUGCACUCAUCAAAGAGAAUCUGGACUAUUUCAAGGCCACAGAGGGAUCGGAGGUGUGGGAGCGAUACCUGGACUAUCUCGAUGAGAUAGUAGUGGACGGUCUCUUCAACUGCAUCCAAUGCUCCCUUCGCUAUCUCAUGGAGAACACCGACAAGACAGUCACUGGCAUGACCCCUCUACUGGAAGUGAAGCUGGAGCUACAAGCUCCCGAGAUGGUGUUCAUGCCUUCCCUUGACCAAGAGGCAGCAGAAGGGUUCUUCAACAUGGUGGACAGCCUCUUGGACGACGUAUUUCACUUUGGCUCUCUUGUGCCUCGCGUGGCCACCCACCUUGAGGCUCAGGACUACCGUGUAGACCUCGAUGAGAUUGCAGAGCUGUCAGAUAUGAGAGAGGAGAUCAUGUCACGAAUGCAGGCAGCCAUUGAACAAGCGGAGGCCUACCUCUCCUCUCACGCCUCUCGUUCUCACCUCUGGACCGACGACCGACAUGAGUUCCUUCACCAGUUCCUCAAAUACGGACACGUCCCUACUCUUGAAGAAAUCGAGGCUGCAGGUGAUGAAGGAGUUCCGGAAACUCCCCCCACUCUGGAGAACUUCAAGACACAGAUCAACAGCUAUGAAGAGGUGUACUGCGAAGUGGACAAGAUUGCCGGGACUGAGAUCAUCGACGUGUGGUUCAGAGUGGACGCCAGGCCAUUCAAACAGGCUCUGUUGACCACCAUCAAGAGGUGGAGCCACAUGUUCAAGCAGCACCUCGCGGAUCAUGUGACAAACAGUCUGAAUGAUCUGGCAGAGUUCAUCAAGGUGGCUAGUGGAGGUCUAUCAGUGGAUGUGCCAGAGGGUGACUAUAAUACUCUGGUGGGAGUGAUGCACCAUCUCCUGGCUGUCAAAGACAGACAACCCAACACUGACGGAAUGUUUGAACCUCUCAACCAGACCAUUGAGCUUCUCAAGACCUACCAUGAGGAGAUGCCCGAGCAAGUCUACCAGCAACUAGAGGAGUUGCCCGAGUUGUGGAACAACGUGAAGAAGUUGUCAGUGACGAUGAAGCAAAACGUGGCUCCGAUGCAAGCCGAUGAGGUCAACAACCUCCGUCGCAAGCUGGCCACGUUCGACGUGAGGCAGCACGAGUUCCGGGAGAACUUCCGCCAGAAGGCGCCAUUUGCCUACACUGCCUCUCACCCUUAUGUGCGCACCAACAGAUGUCACAGAGAUAUAACAGAGAUGGAGGAUGAGAUGAAAGAACUGCAGAAAGCUGCAGCUCUAUUUGAGGUGAACGUCCCAGACUUCAAGCAGCUGAAGGCUUGCCGCAGAGAGAUCGGACUGCUCAAGGGUCUGUGGGACAUGAUACUGACCAUCCAGAGCAGUUUCACCGACUGGAACACUACGCUCUGGAAAGACAUCAACGUGGAAAACAUGGAAAUGGAUUGCAAGAAGUUUGUCAAGGAAAUCCGAGCAUUGGAUAAAGAGAUGCGUGCAUGGCAUGCCUUCUGCGGGAUGGACUCCACUGUCAAGAACAUGGUGACAUCACUGAGAGCAGUCGGCGAGCUCCAGAACCAGGCCAUUCGAGACCGCCACUGGGAACAGCUCAUGCAAGCCACCCAAGUCAAGUUCAUAAUGUCGGAGGACACCAACCUUGCCGACCUGCUGGCUCUCAACCUCCACAAAUUCGAGGAUGAAGUGAGGAACAUAGUGGACAAAGCCGCCAAGGAGCAGGGUAUGGAGAAGACUCUGAGGGAGUUUGAGGGCACAUGGUCUCAGAUGGAGUUUGAGCAUGAAAUCCAUCCCAGGACCAAGGUCGGUCUCCUGCAGUCGAGUGAAGAACUCAUUGAGACUCUUGAAGACAACCAGGUCCAACUUCAAAACAUGAUGACGUCAAAGUUUGUGGGCUAUUUCUUGGAAGAAGUGUCUGACUGGCAGAAGAAGCUCUCGACAGCCGACUCGGUCAUCACCAUCUGGUUUGAAGUCCAGAGGACCUGGUCCCAUCUUGAGAGCAUCUUCAUUGGCUCCGAGGAUAUUCGAGCUCAACUGCCGGAGCACUCCAAGCAGUUUGACACUAUCGAUACUGAUUUCAAGGCUCUAGCUGCCGAAGCCGUGGCCACACCAAAUGUGGUGAAAGCGACAAACCGCCUGCGGCUCUAUGAGGAGCUGGAGGACAUACAGAAGAGAUUGUCGGUGUGCGAGAAAGCCCUCGCAGAAUACCUCGAGACAAAGAGAUUGGCCUUCCCGAGAUUCUACUUCAUCUCCUCAGCUGAUCUGCUCAAUAUCCUGUCAAAGGGGAACCAGCCUGUGGAGGUUGCUCGGCACUUAGCCAAGCUGUUUGAUAGUAUGGCAAAGCUCCGUUUCAAGGAAGACGAGGAGAAGAAACCCACCAAGGAGGCCAUCAGCAUGUUCAGCAAAGACGGAGAAGUGGUCGACUUCUUCCAACCUCGUAUGUGUGUGGGUCAGGUGGAGACGUGGCUCAGUUUGCUACUGGAAACCAUGCAAGAGACCAUCAAACAUGAGUUCCAAGAGGCCGUCAUCACCUACGAAGAUAAACCCAGGGAGCAAUGGAUCUUUGAACCUCCAGCACAGGUUGCACUGGCUGGUACUCAAGUGUGGUGGACCACAGAGGUGAACCUGGCCUUCAACAGACUCGAGGAAGGCUACGAGAACGCCCUCAAGGACUACUACAAGAAGCAGGUGACUCAGCUAAACAUCCUCAUCAACCUUCUCCUGGGGGACAUGAACAAGGGCAACAGGCAGAGGAUCAUGACCGUCUGUACCAUUGACGUCCACGCCAGAGACGUGGUGGCAAAACUCAUCCAACAGAAAGUGGACAAUUCCCAGGCAUUUAUCUGGCUCUGCCAGCUCAGGCACAGGUGGGAUGAAGAUCAGUGUCACUGCUUUGCAAACAUCUGUGAUGCAGAGUUUAGGUAUUCAUAUGAGUACCUUGGGAACACCCCUCGACUUGUCAUCACCCCACUCACCGACAGGUGCUACAUCACUCUGACCCAAUCCCUCCACCUGAUCAUGAGUGGAGCCCCAGCCGGACCUGCAGGGACCGGCAAGACAGAGACCACCAAGGAUCUGGGCCGAGCUCUUGGGAUCAUGGUCUACGUCUUCAACUGCUCAGAGCAGAUGGACUACAAGUCCAUCGGCAACAUCUACAAAGGCCUGGCGCAAACCGGGGCCUGGGGAUGCUUUGAUGAAUUCAACAGGAUCUCCGUGGAAGUUUUGUCUGUGGUGGCAGUGCAGGUGAAGACAAUCCAAGAUGCCAUCCGCCACAAAAAGAAGAGGUUUCUCUUCGAAGGGAGUGACAUCAAGCUCACUCCAACAGUCGGGCUGUUCAUCACAAUGAACCCUGGCUAUGCCGGCCGAACUGAGCUGCCUGAGAACCUAAAGGCACUCUUCAGACCCUGUGCAAUGGUAGUGCCUGACUUCAUGUUGAUUGCUGAGAUCAUGUUAGUAGCCGAGGGAUUCAUCGAUGCCAGGAUCCUCUCCAGAAAGUUCCUGACCCUCUACACCCUCUGUAAGGAUCUCCUCUCAAAGCAAGACCACUACGACUGGGGACUGAGAGCCAUCAAGUCCGUACUGGUAGUAGCUGGAGCCCUCAAGAGAGGAGACAAGGGAAGGCCGGAAGACCAGGUACUGAUGAGAGCACUGAGAGACUUCAACACUCCGAAGAUUGUGACGGACGACGUGACGAUCUUCAUGGGUCUGAUUGGAGAUCUAUUCCCUGCUCUCGACGUCCCACGAAAGAGGGACUUAGAUUUAGAAGAAAAUGUCAAGAAAUCAAUGAUGGAGCAAGGGUUGCAGCCGGAAGAGCUGUUUGUCCUGAAGGUAGUUCAACUGGAAGAGCUUCUCCAUGUCCGCCACUCUGUCUUUGUUAUUGGCAAUGCUGGAACAGGAAAGAGCAAAAUCCUGCGAUCCCUCAACAAGACGUAUGCUGUCAUGGGCCGGAAGCCUCUUUGGGUGGACCUAAACCCCAAGGCCAUCACCACCUUUGAGCUGUUUGGCUAUAUCAACCCAGCCACCAGAGAGUGGAAAGAUGGUCUCUUCUCGUCCCUGAUGAGAGACCUCAGCGAGAAGACAAGCGACAGUCCAAAGUGGAUUGUACUCGACGGAGACAUUGACCCUAUGUGGAUCGAGUCACUCAACACUGUCAUGGAUGACAAUAAGGUGUUGACUCUGGCCAGUAAUGAGCGUGUCCCCCUCACUCCCUCCAUGAGACUCCUGUUUGAGAUUGGCCACCUGCGAGCUGCCACUCCAGCUACCGUUUCACGAGCUGGCAUCCUCUUUGUCAACCCAGCAGACCUGGGAUGGAACCCGUACGUUCAGAGUUGGAUUGACAAGCGUGAAGUCCAGUCAGAGAAGGCAAACCUGACAAUCCUGUUUGACCGCUACAUACCAACCCUCCUGGAUAUCUACCGUGCACACCGCUUCAAGAUGAUCACUCCCAUCCAGGAAGUCAGCAUGAUCCAGACACUCUGCUACCUGUUGGAGACCCAGCUAACACCAGAGAACACACCGCCAGACACCAGCAAAGAGAUCUAUGAGCUCUUCUUUGUGUUCUGUGCCAUCUGGGCCUUUGGCGGGUUCCUCUUCCAAGACCAGCUGGUAGACUACAGAAUUGAGUUCUCCAAGUGGUGGACCACGGAGUUCAAGCACAUAAAGUUUCCGUCUCACGGAACUGUGUUUGACUAUUUCCUCGACCCAAACACACACAAGUGGCUCCCGUGGUCUGAGAAAGUACCCAAAUUUGAACUGGAUCCUGAUGCUCCUCUACAGGCUGUGAUGGUGCACACGUCGGAGACAAUGCGCUACCGCUACUUCCUCGACCUCCUGAUGGCUCGAUCGAGACCCGUGAUGCUGGUAGGGGCAGCUGGCUCCGGGAAGACUGUUCUUCUCCAAGACAAGCUGAGCAGUCUUGGGGAAGACAUGCUGGUUACAACCCUGCCCCUAAACUACUACACUACCUCCAUGAUGCUGCAGCAGGUCAUGGAGAAACCACUGGAGAAGAAGGCUGGAAAGGCCUACGGCCCUCCUGGCACCAAGAAACUAGUGUACUUCAUUGAUGACAUGAACAUGCCCGAGGUCGAUACCUACGGCACUGUUCAACCCCACACACUCAUCCGCCAGCAUCUGGACUACAAACACUGGUACGACCGCCAGAAACAGACCCUCAAGGACGUGCAGAACGUCCAGUACAUUGCCUCCAUGAACCCAACUGCCGGCUCCUUCACAAUCAACUCUCGUCUUCAGAGACACUUCAGUGUCUUUGCCAUCAGCUUCCCACAGGUUGACUCCCUGCGAACAAUAUACCUGAGCAUUCUUCAGGGCCACGUCUCGAGUGGUGGUUUUCCCAGUCAGGUGCAGAAGAACGUGGAGAAACUGGUCAACACAGCCCUGACACUGCACCAGAAAAUCACUACCACCUUCCUCCCAACUGCCAUCAAAUUCCACUACAUUUUCAACCUCAGAGAUCUCUCAAACAUAUUCCAGGGUAUGCUGUUCUCAACUCCCGAGUGCCUCAAGUCCCCUGUGGACCUGGUCAGACUGUGGCUCCAUGAAGCCAGCCGGGUGUACGGGGACAAGCUCAUCGAUACCAAAGACAUCGCCACCUUUGCCAAAAUGAAACUCGACGUUGCUAAAUCCAGCUUUGAGGAUUUGGAUGAGGCAACUCUAAACCCUGACCCUCUCAUAUACUGCCACUUUGCCUCUGGGAUAGGAGAGCCCAAGUACCUUAGAGUUCAGACCUGGGACUCUCUCAGAAAAAUCCUGGAGGAAGCUCUCGACUCUUACAAUGAGAUCAACGCAGUCAUGAAUCUUGUCCUCUUUGAAGAUGCCAUGAACCAUGUGUGUCGCAUCAACCGUAUUCUCGAGUCUCCACGAGGAAAUGCCCUGCUGGUGGGAGUGGGUGGCAGCGGAAAGCAGAGUCUCACUCGCCUUGCAGCCUCAGUCAGCGGUCUCGAGGUAUUCCAGAUCCAACUCAGGAAGGGCUACAGCUCAGGAGACCUUAAGGCUGACCUAGCCCAGCUGUACAUCAAAGCAGGUCUGAAGAACAUAGGAACUGUCUUCCUAUUGACUGAUGCACAAGUCCCGGACGAGAAGUUCCUGGUGCUCAUCAAUGAUCUGCUGGCCUCGGGGGAGAUCCCUGAGCUAUUUGCCGAUGACGAGCUGGAGAAUGUGAUUAAUGGAGUCAGAAACGAAGUGAAGGGUGCUGGAAUCAUGGACACACGAGAGAACUGCUGGUCGUUCUUCAUCGACCGCGUCCGACGCCAACUGAAAGUUGUCUUGUGUUUCUCUCCGGUGGGAUCAACUAUCAGAGUCCGUGCCCGCAAGUUCCCGGCCCUCGUCAACUGCACUAGCAUCAACUGGUUCCACGAGUGGCCAGAAGAGGCCCUCAUUUCCGUGAGCUCUCGCUUCCUCUCAGAAGUGGAUCUCAUCUCAGAUGAAAUCAGGGAAUCCAUCAGUCGCUACAUGGCCUUUGUUCACAAGAGUGUCAACGAAAUGAGUGCAGUCUACCUCACCAAUGAGAGGAGGUACAACUACACCACUCCCAAGAGCUUUCUAGAACUGAUUGCUCUCUACCAAAACCUGCUGACCAAAAAGCACACAGACCUGUUGGCCAGCAUGGAGAGACUGGAGGGAGGUCUGGAGAAGCUGAAGAACACCGCAGCUCAGGUCGACGAUCUGAAGGAAAAACUUGCUGCACAGGAGGUGGAGCUCAAACAGAAGAACGAGGAUGCCGAUGCCCUCAUCAAGAAGGUUGGAGUGGAGCAGGAGAAGGUUGGGAAAGAAAAAGAGAUUGCCGAUGAUGAGGAAAAGAAAGUUGAAAAAAUCACCAUCGAGGUAUCGAAGAAACAGAGAGACUGUGAGACAGACUUGGCUAAAGCAGAGCCAGCACUCAAGGGUGCAGUUGCAGCUCUGGACACCCUGAACAAAGCCAACCUCACCGAGCUGAAGUCGUUCGGAAAACCCCCGCCGGCUGUCGUGAAUGUGACAGCAGCCGUGAUGAUGCUCCUUGCUCCAUCCAAUAAGAUCCCCAAGGACAGGUCGUGGAAUCAGGCGAAGAUAAUGAUGGCAAAAGUCGACCAGUUCCUAGACUCCCUCAUAAACUUUGACAAGGAAAACAUCCCAGACCCCAACCUCAAAGCCGUGCAGCCGUACCUCGACGACAAAGAGUUUGACCCCGAAUUCAUUCGCAACAAGUCCUUUGCUGCCUCUGGACUCUGCUCCUGGGCAGUCAACAUUGUCGCAUUCUACCGCGUCUUCUGCGACGUGGAGCCCAAGAGAAAGGCUCUUGCGGCUGCCAAUGCCGAGUUGACGGCUGCUCAAGCAAAGCUGAAGAAGAUCAAGGACAAGAUAAAGUUGUUGGAUGACAACCUGGCAGAGCUGAGAGCACAGUUUGAGCAGGCGACUGCGGCCAAGCUGAAAUGCCAGCAAGAGGCAGAGGCUACAGCUUCUACAAUCUCUCUAGCCAACAGGCUAGUGGGUGGAUUGGUAUCAGAGAAGGUGCGAUGGGCAGAAUCAGUGGAGAAGUUUCGCGAGGAGGAGAAGACUCUUGCUGGAGACGUGCUCCUCACCUCUGCCUACCUGUCGUAUGUGGGCUGCUUCAGCAAGAGCUACAGAACUCAGUUACUGGAUGAAAAGUGGAUACCUUUCCUGCGUGACCUCAAACCUGCCAUUCCAAGGACAGAGAACCUGGAUGUCCUCUCUCUCCUCACCGAUGCAGCCAAGAUAGCCCAGUGGUGCAACGAGAACCUUCCCAGUGACCGUAUGUCCAUCGAGAACGCCACAAUCCUCACCAACGCCGAGCGCUGGCCCCUGAUGGUCGACCCUCAGCUCCAGGGGAUCAAGUGGAUCAAAACAAGGGAGGGAGAUAACCUCAAAGUCGUUAGACUUGGAACGAAAGGCUAUUUGGAUGCGAUAGAGCGAGCCGUGUCCAAUGGAGAUACUCUUCUCCUGGAAAACAUUGGAGAGAACGUGGAUGCUGUUCUGGACCCUCUGCUGGGCCGACUCACCAUCAAGAAAGGAAAGUAUAUCAAAAUGGGAGACAAGGAAGUGGAAUACCACCCCAACUUCAGGUUGAUCAUGCAGACAAAGCUGGCAAACCCUCACUACAAGCCAGAGAUGCAGGCGCAGGCUACUCUCAUCAAUUUCACAGUCACAAGAGACGGGCUGGAGGACCAGCUUCUUGCUGAAGUGGUCGCCACUGAGAGACCUGACCUCGAAAAAACCAAGGCGGAGCUGACUCGCCAGCAGAAUGAGUUCAAGAUCAAGCUGAAAGAGCUGGAGGACUCGCUGCUCUCUCGUCUCUCAUCGGCUGGUGGAAACUUUCUCGGAGAUACGGCUCUGGUUGAAAACCUCGAGACUACCAAACUCACAGCCCAGGACAUUGAGAAGAAGGUGGCUGAAGCCUUGCUGACAGAGAAGAAGAUAAACGAAGCGAGAGAAAACUAUCGACCAGCGGCUGCUCGGGCCUCUCUCCUCUACUUCAUCCUGAACGACCUGGAGAAGAUCAAUCCUCUCUACCAGUUCUCUCUCAAGGCAUUCAGUGUGGUGUUCCAGAAGGCAAUCGAGCGUGCCGAGGUAUCGGAUGUGGUGAAGGAGAGAGUUGAGAAGCUGAUUGAGAGCAUCACCUACUCAGUCUUCAUGUACACCAGCCGAGGUCUCUUUGAGAGGGACAAACUCAUCUUCACCUCCCAAGUGGCUUUCCAGGUGUUGCUGUCGGCUAAGCAGAUUGACCCAAGUGAGCUGGACUUUCUCUUGAGGUUCCCUGUCAUUCCAAAUGUCGUCAGUCCGGUUGAUUUCCUCCCCAAUAACUGCUGGGGAGGAAUCAAAGCCCUCUCUGGCAUGGAGCAGUUCAGGAACCUCGACAGAGAUAUUGAGGGCUCAGCCAAGAGGUGGAAGAAGUUCACAGACAGCGAGUGUCCAGAGAAAGAGAAGUUCCCAGGAGAGUGGAAGAACAAGAACUCCCUGCAGAAACUGUGCAUGAUGAGAGCUCUAAGACCAGACCGGAUGACCUACGCAGUCACGUUGUUUGUGGCUGAGAAGCUGGGCAACAAGUACGUCGAAAAGUGCAACACUCCAUUCGAGGUCUCCUACCAGGAGACUGGGCCGGGCACUCCGGUGUUCUUUGUCCUCAGCCCUGGAGUUGAUCCUCUCAAGGAUGUGGAGGCACUGGGGAACAAGCUGGGCUUCACGGUCGACGACAAGAACUUCCACAACAUUUCUCUCGGGCAGGGACAGGAGAUUGUGGCCGAGAAUGCUCUGGACGUGGCCUCCAAGGAAGGUCACUGGGUCAUCCUUCAGAAUAUCCAUCUGGUGGCCAAGUGGCUGCCUAAGCUGGACAAGAAACUGGAACAGUACAGUGUGGGGAGCCACAAUGAUUAUCGUGUCUACAUGUCAGCAGAGCCGGCGGCAGACAGAUCAGGUCACAACAUACCCCAGGGGAUCCUGGAGUCCGCAAUCAAGAUCACCAACGAGCCACCGACAGGGAUGACAGCCAACCUUCACAAGGCCCUGGACAACUUCAGCCAGGAAACUCUGGAGAUGUGUUCGAAGGAGAAUGAGUUCAAGUGCAUCCUCUUCUCUCUCAUCUACUUCCAUGCGGUGGUGGUGGAGAGAAGAAAGUUUGGGCCCCAGGGGUGGAACAGGUCCUAUCCCUACAACACUGGAGAUCUUACCAUCAGUGUGACUGUAGUCUACAACUACCUGGAGGCCAAUAGCAAGGUGCCGUGGACUGACCUGCGCUACCUGUUUGGUGAGAUUAUGUACGGAGGACACAUCACAGAUGACUGGGACCGAAGGCUCUGCAGGACCUACCUCGAGGAGUACAUGAAAGCUGAGCUGCUGGAUGGGGAGCUGGUGUAUGCUCCAGGCUUUCCACAGCCUCCAAACUCCGAGUACGAUGGCUACCACACAUACAUUGACGAGAGCCUCCCUCCAGAGAGCCCCUACCUCUACGGACUCCACCCCAACGCUGAGAUUGGUUUCCUGACCACCACCUCCGAGAACCUCUUCAGAACUGUUCUGGAGAUGCAGCCGCGAGAUUCAUCAGCCGCUGGAGCUGGUGGGACCAGCAGAGAGGAAAAGGUGAAGUCAAUUCUGGACGAGAUUCUGGAGAAACUCCCGGAGGAGUUUGUCAUGUUAGAGCUGUCGGCCAGAGCCGAGGAGAAGACUCCCUAUGUCCUGGUGGCCCUCCAGGAGUGCGAGAGGAUGAACAACCUCACGAGAGAGAUCCGCCGAUCUCUCAAGGAGCUGGACCUUGGUCUGAAGGGGGAGCUGACUAUCACAGCAGACAUGGAGAGCCUUCAGAAUGCCCUGUUCCUUGACAAAGUCCCUGACUCAUGGACGAAACGAGCCUACCCCUCCCUGAGUGGGUUGACCACCUGGUACAUCGACCUCCUUCUUCGCAUCCGAGACCUUGAGAACUGGGUGGGAGAUUUCAACAUGCCUGCCUGCAUCUGGCUCGGAGGAUUCUUCAACCCGCAGUCCUUCCUCACUGCCGUCAUGCAGUCCAUGGCUCGCAAGAACGAGUGGCCACUGGACAAGAUGUGUCUUCAGUGCGACGUGUCCAAGAAAAACAAGGAAGACUUCAGCAGUCCCCCGAGAGAAGGGGCCUAUGUCCACGGACUGUUCAUGGAGGGAGCUCGCUGGGACACCCAGACUGGGCUCAUUCAAGAGUCUCAACUGAAAGACCUGACCCCCACCAUGCCUGUCAUCUUCAUCAGAGCCAUCCCUGUGGACAAACAGGAGACAAAGAACAUCUACGAGUGCCCGGUGUACAAGACACGCACACGAGGCCCCACUUUCGUCUGGACUUUCAACCUGAAAACCAAGGAGAAACAGGCCAAGUGGAUCAUCGCUGGAGUGUGUCUUCUGCUCAGCAUAUGAGACACCGCAACUCUCGGACAGAAAAACUAUACAUGUAUCUUAAUUACUGUGUUAGAGAAGCUGUAACCUGCUAUAGAAGCUAAGGUGUAACCAUAACAUUGUGUAAUGAUAGAGCUUCAUCAUGUGGAUGUGUUACCGGAUACCUGCUUAC